AUAAUCUUUGCAAAGUGACAACGAAUUUGAAGUUUUUUUCACCCUUUUUUUUUCAUUCAAGUUCGUUGUCCUCCCCAACAUUUCUUCGUUUCCAUCAACCUGAUUCUUCCUCGCACGCACGCAAACUGAUAAAUUUUCAAUCUUUUUCAUCUCCUGACGAUUGAUAAGUCCAUGAAGUGCAUGGAGGAAUCGUCGUCGAGUUCUUGACCAACCAAAAUUCGGAAGAAAUCGUUGAUGAGACGAGGGCAAAUUUAGGAGAAAAUUUUAGGAUAUCAUGCACAAACGAUCGAAAUCUUGCGAGCCAUCUAGCCAGAUGGCCGAGCACCGGGGCGGCAGCAAUGGCGCGACGACCUGCGACGACUCGGCGUGCGGCAGGGCGGCGGCGGCGGCGUCGACGACGGCGGCGGCGCAGUGCUCGACGGUGUCCGUGUACCGCGCCAAGAUCAACGGCGCGCCGCGGCUGGUGACCGCCGCGUGGAGCAAGAACCUCAUCAACCAGUCCUUCACCAUCUCGAUCGCCGGUGGAGGCGGCGGCGGCGCCGGAGGCGGGGGAGAUGACGGGCCGCUCAGCCACAAGGUGGAGCUGAAGCCGUGGCCGUUCUGGAGCAAGAAGGGGGUCAAGACGCUCGACGUCGACGGCGACCGGCUCGACAUCUUCUGGGACCUCCGGUCGGCCAAGUUCUCGGCGAGCAGCCCCGAGCCCACCGGCGGCUACUACGUCGCGGUGGUGAGCCAGGAGGAGGUCGUCCUCCUCCUCGGCGACGGCAAGAAGGACGCGUUCAGGCGGACCAGGUCCCGGCCGUCGCUGGAGGACGCCGUGAUGGUGUCCCGCCGGGAGAGCGUCUCCGGCAAGCGAUGCUUCGCCGCCCGGGCGCCGCUCGACACCACGGCCGCCGCCGCCGCCUCCACCGGCGCGAGGAAGGAGCACGAGAUCGUCGUCGACAGCGCGCUCGCCGGGCCGAGGGAGCCGGAGAUGCGGAUCACGGUGGACGGCGUCGUGCUCGUCCACGUGAAGAGCCUGCAGUGGAAGUUCCGGGGGAACGAGACGGUGAUCGUCGGCCAGUCGCCGGUGCAGGUGCUCUGGGACGUGCACGACUGGAUCUUCGCCGGCCCGGCGUCGCAGGCCGUCUUCAUCUUCAAGCCCGGCAACGCGGCAGACGCCGGCGGCGAGCAUGGCUAUGGCAUUCUCGGCGACGCUGCUGACUACAGCUUCUUUCUUCACGCAUGGAAGACGGAGUGAGCUCAUGACAUGGUUGUAAGCUGGGAAUUUGAGGUUAAUUCGUUUACAUGAAAUCGAAAGCUCGUUCAUUUUUGCAA